ACUAAAGCUUUUCAGUGUCGUAGCUGCAUCUACUGGGAUGGCAGAGAGAAAGCGCCUCUCCCAGCCCCUUUAAUAUGCUCCCUGUUGUGGGGCUAAGGUUACCACCGGACCAGUCUCAACAUGACCACCGGCUUCAGCUCCGGUUCCUGCAGGUUCGCAGAUUACUUUGUGAUCUGCGGACUCGAUACCGAAAGCGGGCUGGAACCCGACGAACUGUCCGCUUUAUGCCAGUAUAUAGAGGCUACUAAAUUCAGAGAUGGGGCCAGAGGAAAAUUGGCACAGGCAAACGAAGGUGAGAACUUUGAGCAGAGUCCCUUACGAAGAACCUUUAAAUCCAAAGUUCUAGCACAUUAUCCUGACAAUGUCGAGUGGAAUCCAUUUGACCAGGAUGCAGUGGGCAUGCUCUGCAUGCCAAAGGGCCUGUCUUUCAGGACACAGGUCGAUUCCCGUGAACCACAGUUCCACUCUUUUAUCAUCACCAGAGAGGAUGGCUCUCGCACAUACGGUUUCGCCCUCACCUUCUUCGAGGAGGUGACAAGCAAGCAGAUCUGCAGUGCUAUGCAGACUCUUUACCACAUGCACAAUGCAGAGCAGUACGACAUCUUGCACACACCCACCUCACCACAGGGACCCAAGGAGCACAGGCACCAACAGUCCCAGCCUCGUCCCGUACUCCAUGCUGCUCCGGCCAUCUCCCGCCUGCAGCGGUUCAACUCAUACGACAUCAGCCGGGACACGCUGUAUGUUUCAAAGUGCAUCUGUCUGAUCACACCCAUGGCCUUCCCACAGGCCAGCCGGAAAGUGUUGCUGCAGCUUCACCAGGCCGUCAGUUCCCCUCAACCCCCACCACUCCCACUGGAGAGCUAUAUCUUCAACAUCCUCUACGAAGUGCCGCUUCCACCUUCCGGGCGGUCUCUCAAAUUCUCAGGCGUCUACGGGCCGAUCGUGUGUCAGAGGCCAAGCACAUCUGAGCUGCCACUCUUUGACUUUGCCAUUGGUGAAAUGUUCAAUCUGCUAGGAGUGGAGAACGUUCUUCAGCUGUUCACUUGUGCCCUGCUUGAAAUGCAGAUACUGCUCUACUCGCAGCAUUACCAAAGGCUGAUGACGGUGGCAGAGAGCAUCACGGCCUUAAUGUUCCCCUUUCAGUGGCAGCAUGUUUAUGUUCCCAUUCUGCCUGCUUCCCUCCUCCACUUCCUUGAUGCUCCAGUGCCAUAUCUCAUGGGCCUCCACUCUAACGGACAGGAUGACCGCACCAACCUGGAGCUUCCACAGGAGGCUAACCUGUGCUUUGUGGACAUUGAUAACCACUUCAUUGAACUGCCAGAAGAGUUGCCCCAGUUUCCCAACAAACUGGAGUUCAUUCAAGAGAUUUCAGAGGUGCUCAUGUCCUUCGAUGUGUCUCCAGAAGGAAAUGUCUCCUCCAGUGACAGCCAGAUCAAAUACCCUGGCUUUUGCUCAGUAGAUGUGGUCUCUGACAAAUGUAAUGGCAACCUGGCCUCACCCCUGAACUCUUACCUGCUGAGAGAGAAUAAAACUAUAGCCAGACUGCAGGCUCUGGUGAAGAGGACAGGUGUCAGUUUAGAGAAGAUGGAGGUGAGAGAGGAUGCCAGUGGCAUUAGAGAUGCACGGAUUCAGUGUGACGAGGAGGAGCUGAAGAUGCACCAGCUCAACAUCCAUGUACGCGAGGUCUUUGCCAACAGGUUCACCCAGAUGUUUGCAGACUAUGAGGUGUUUGUGAUCCAGCCCAGCCAUGACAAAGAGUCCUGGUUCACAAACCGAGACCAGAUGCAGAACUUUGACAAGGCAUCUUUCCUGUCGGACCAGCCGGAGCCCUAUCUGCCCUUCCUGUCUCGUUUUCUGGAGACUCAGAUGUUUGCCUCUUUCAUCGACAGUAAAAUCCUCUGUCACGAUGAUGAAGAUAAGGAGCACACUCUAAGGGUGUUUGAUGGUCGCGUGGAUAAGAUACGCAUGUUAAAUGUGCGCACGCCAACACUUCGCACCUCCAUGUACCAGAAAUGCACAAACAUUGAAGAAGCGGAGAAAGCCAUAGAGAUGAGAGUGGCCAAGAUUGACCACACUGCCCUCCACCCACACCUGCUGGACAUGAAGAUCGGUCAGGGCCGUUAUGAACAAGGCUUCUUUCCUCGGCUGCAGUCUGAUGUUCUUUCCACUGGCCCAACCAGCAACAAAUGGACAAAAAGGAGCGCUCCGGCUCAGUGGAGGAGGAGAGAUCGUCAGAAGCAGCAUGCGGAGCACCUGUAUUUAGAUAAUGACCAGAGAGAGAAGUAUAUCCAGGAAGCCAGAAACCUGGGUACAACCAUCAGACAACCCAAACUUUCCAAUCUGUCGCCUUCAGUCAUCGCUCAGACCAACUGGAAGUUUGUGGAGGGACUGUUGAAGGAGUGCAGGAACAAAACCAAAAGAAUGUUGGUAGAGAAGAUGGGUCGUGAAGCCGUGGAAUUGGGUCACGGUGAGGUUAGUAUCACUGGCGUUGAAGAGAACACUCUGAUCGCGAGUCUCUGUGACCUGUUGGAGAGGAUCUGGAGUCAUGGGCUGCAGGUUAAACAGGGUAAAUCUGCUUUGUGGUCCCACCUCCUGCACUACCAGGAGAGCAAAGAGAAGAAUUCUGCUACUCCAGGUGGUUUGGGACCUCCAGGUUUCAUUCAUGACACUGAGAGACGCAAGUCUGAUGGUGGAGGGUCAGCCAUGCCUCCUCUUAAGGUGUCGCUGAUCCAGGACAUGAGACACAUUCAGAACAUCAGUGAGAUCAAGACAGAUGUGGGCAAAGCCAGAGCCUGGGUUCGUCUCUCCAUGGAAAAGAAGUUGCUCUCCAGGCACCUUAAGCAGCUGCUUUCAGACCAUGAGCUGACAAAAAAACUUUACAAGCGCUAUGCCUUCCUUCGCUGUGAUGAUGAGAAGGAGCAGUUUCUGUACCACCUGCUGUCCUUCAAUGCUGUGGACUACUUCUGUUUCACUAAUGUCUUCACCACCAUCAUGAUCCCCUACCAUGUCGUAGUCGUUCCCAGUAAGAAACUUGGUGGCUCCAUGUUCACCGCCAACCCGUGGGUGUGUGUAUCUGGUGAGCUCUCAGAAACCGGAGUCCUUCAGGUUCCUCGGAAUACAUUGGAGAUCACCUUUGAGUGUCAAAACCUUGGCAAACUCACCACUGUACAGAUGGGCCAUGAUAACACAGGCCUGUAUGCAAAGUGGCUGGUAGAGUGUGUUGUGGUCCGCAAUGGAAUCACUGGACACACCUACAAAUUUCCCUGCGGUCGAUGGUUGGGGAAAGGUGUUGACGAUGGAAGUCUGGAGAGGAUCUUGGUGGGCGAACUGAUGACCCCCACCACUGAGAACGAUGAAAGGAUGUGUCGCACACCUCCAAUGCAACAGUCACCAGGGAUGAUGAGGAGGUUUGUCACCAUCUCACCAAACAGCAAACCAAAGUUGAACACUGGUCAGAUCCAGGAGAGUGUGGGAGAGGCCAUCAAUGGGAUAGUAAAGCAUUUUCACAAACCAGAGAAAGAGAGAGGCAGUCUGACGCUUCUCCUCUGUGGGGAGUUUGGCCUCGUCUGGGCUUUGGAACAGGUUUUCCAGCACGGUUUCAAAUCACCUCGACUCUUUAAGAAUGUCUUCAUUUGGGACUUUUUAGAAAAGGCACAGGUGUAUUUUGAAAGCGCAGAGCAACGUGAGGUGACUCCAGAUGAAAACUGGCAAACCAGAGUCCGUCACUUCUGUCGCUUCAUGAGGGCCAUCAACAGCACAUCCAGAAACAUCGGCAAAGAUGGAAAGUUCCAGAUGCUCGUCUGUCUGGGUGCCAGGGACCAUUUGUUGCAUCACUGGAUUGCUCUGCUCGCAGACUGUCCAAUCACGGCUCAGAUGUAUGAAGAUGCCGCGCUGAUUAAGGAUCAUUCAUUGGUGAACUCUUUAAUUAGAGUUCUGCAGACACUGCAGGAGUUCAACAUCACUCUGGAGGCGUCGCUUGUCAAAGGUGUUGGAAUCUAAACCAAACCAACAAACUUCAACUUCCUACAAGAUGCACCGGACACUGACAGAUGGCUGGGGACCAUUCAAAGAAGUACUGGGAACUUUAACAUACAGGAGCAGACUUGAACAAAGGACAUUCUCUGUUAAAUCUUACAGCUACUGUUACAUGUAUUAUGUAUUAAGUGCAAUGAGCCUUUCAAGAUUUGUUUUUUAUUUUUUAAUUCUCAAUGACGUUCAGAUUAGAUGUUAAAAAUGUUUUCUAUUAUGGAACAUGAUUUCUGCUUGAUUGACGGUGACCUAUCUGUGCUUUAAUGGUUUACUGACAGUGAAAUAUUUUCAGUACCGUGAACUGCUGACAAUGGCAUAUAUUUAAGGCAAACUGUUGAUAUUUUUCCAGAGAAACACAGUAUUAUUUUGUUAAAGCAGUCAGGUUGUUUGCUCUGUUAUCAGCCCAGAUUCCAAUGUCAUCACAGAGCGAAAAAACAUAUAAUGUACAAGUAUGCUUUAUAAGUAUGACAGGGAGGUUUUUAAGCAUGAUAAAUACUCAACUUUUUAAAAUGUCUGUUACAUUUGGGAUUUUUCCUGGAAAAUGUACAGGAAUGCAAAACUUUUACAUGGAAUUCCUUUGAGGAAACUAUUCCUUCUUGCAAAAUAAGAGUGUGCGAGUGUGGUUAAUGCCCGUGUCUAGUGUUUGACAUAAAUAUCCAGGUGGAUAAAGGACAAAAUCCCAAAGGCUUAUGUUUUGUUCCUCAAACUAAUGCUUGACUCACCUAGCUUUUUGUGCUAAAUCAAUCACAGCAACAGCCUCCAUAUACAGUCAAAACCUCCUACCAGCACUUCUGAACUCCUCACUGGUCUUCUGCUCCCUUUCCUGAAAAUUGACCAUUUCCUGAAUUCCACCGGGGAGCAUAAUCGAAUGCUUCUUUUCAUUAGUGUGUCUUUUGCUAUGCAAUAUGCCAGUCAACAAAACAAAACAAAAAACAGCCUCCUAUGAACUUGUCUUUCUGGUGUCCCAGAACAUUACCAGGCCCUCUGCUGUCACAUAUGUCCACAUUUACUGUGCAGAAUUAAGGGUUUGAUACAUGAAGGACUUUUUCCUGUGCCAAUGUCUGGAACGACUGUGUUGUACUUGUCUGUGUACAACCCACACAAGAGCAUCUUGGGAGAAAUAUAUUUUUGUUUUCCAAUGCAGUUGUACAUUUAUUGACAUAGCUGUGUAAUGUAGUGUUUAUGAAUUUGAGCAACAGUGUACAGUGUAAAAAUAUAUUAAGAAUAAAGCAUCUGUAAUGCA